AUGAAUCAGUCACCUCAACCAACAAGAGCUGGUGGUGGCUGGGUUAAAGUAUCGAAAAAUACAUUAAGUGCUGGCGAAACUGUAGGUAAUCAAGCAUAUUCAUAA